AUGAUGCACCUCGGACACCAAUUUCUCAGAAGAGGGUGCAGCAUUCGAAAGAUUCGACUUGGGAACCUGUUUGUCCGCAUGACGCGGAGCACAUCACACCUCGACGACUAUCUGGACGUUUUCGUACUCGUCAUUGUUUCCAGGAAGUCGAAGACCAACCCCAACAACAAGCUGAGUCAUCAGUUUCUUGCAAGGCAUAGGGACUGGCGGCUCUGCGGAAUGGGCCAUGUGUUCCUGUGGCUUUAUUUCAUCUACGACCUCGUUCCUCUGCGCUACGGCCCCGGUAUCGUCGAGCCUCUCGACCUUUCUGAACCGAUCUUGUGGACGAAAGCGCACCUCUUCUUUUCUUUGAAGAAGGGCGACCAGGGAAAGCAGAAGCAAGAUGAGAUGCACUACAAAACGCAUAACACUUGGAUUAAGUGGGCCAUGACGAAGGCGAGAUGGAUUAUGAGCAAGGUAACACAUGCAUUCUGCAGAUCCGGAGCGCAACAACUCCAUGACGACGGUUGCUCCGACAACGAUAUCGGCACUCUGGGCGGAUGGGCGGAGGGGGAGUUGCGGAGGUGUUAUGUGUUCGGCAUUCCGUUCAAGCCGGUUUGGCUGCUGGCAGGAUUCAGCGGGGAUCGUGGAGACUACUACAUCGGCAGAGCCCGUGCCAAGCUUCCGCGGCAUAAGGAUAAGGAGAAGGAUGAGUGGUUGCAGCUCUUGGAUCUCUUGAGGCUUCACAUUUUCCCCUGGGUCGAAGAGGGUUGGAAGAAGGUCGAAGAAUGGAACGCUACGCAGACCGAUCUGCUGAAGAGGCACUAUGCGGGGGCGAGGUUCCUUGAGACCCUCGCGAGCAUCGGACGCCUCGUUGUUGCACAGGAUCUGGCUAUGAUGUGGGCGUUCUGCCAUCAGCACGUGUGGGUGCAGCCAAGCCUCAUCAUGGGCGGCAGGUCACUGCGCGAAGUCUUUGCAGAGUUCGACCGGUAUAAGAAGAAGGACAAGAAUUCCAGCUUCAUCACCGCAUAUUCCCGGUUCGCUGUCAAAGGACGCCCGGGAUGGCUGUGGGUGCAUGCGAGCGAAAGAUGCGUCGCGUGCAUCGUGUCAUGGUUUCCGUGGAGACGCUAA